GAGGUUUGGCGUAACAUGCAGCGGCACUGUCUCAGUCCGGAUCGGGUGAAAUAAUUAUAAUGCUGAAGCCAGUCUUUCAGAAGCCUUUGAAAUAGGAAGUGACCAAAUUAUCACAAGCAUCACGCUCAGCCAGAUGUACGGGGGAAGGAAGCUCUCGGAUAUGUAGCACAUAAGUCUUCUUCUGAUGAACUCAGGCACAGUUUGAGGACAGAACAGUAAACGCUGAACUUUGAUGCUGAGAUGGUUUUCUGGAGCUGUUUAUUGUCACUCUUUCUCUGGCUCAGAGUGCCAUCUGCUAAUGCUGUGGGAUGGAACAUUGAAGUGCCAGAAUCAGUGGUGGGUUUGUCUGGAUCAUGUGUGCUGAUUCCCUGUAGGUUCAGCUACCCUGAAAAUGGAAAAACAUACACAGAAUUUAAAGGGAUUUGGUUAAAAGGAAAUGAAGAAUCAACAGUAUUCCAUACAGACACCUCAAAUAUCAUCGACUCAUUCAAAGGUCGCACUAGUCUCAAUGGUGAUUUGGGCAAAAAGGACUGUUCUUUGAAAAUCAGCUCACUGAGCAGCAGCGAUGCUGGGUCAUUCAUGUUUCGGAUUGAGAUUAAAGAUCUGGACAAGUACACAUAUAAAAAUAAAGAAAAAAAAGAAAUAGUUUCUUUAACAGUGAAAGAAACACCAGAGAAUCCUAACGUCUCUGUGGAAGAGGAAGUGACAUCAGGGAAACCGGUGACUGCUACCUGUGCCGUGUCUCAUUCCUGUCCCUCAGACCUGCCUAAAGUCACCUGGAGCCAUGAUGGCAAACAAUCGAGUCCAUCACAGCCACAGAAUCAUGGUCAAUGGAAGCUUACAUCUUACAACCUGACCUUCACUCCUUCUAGAGAAGACCACAACAAACAUCUCAGCUGCACUGCAGAGUUUAAAGGGAAGACACUGACAGACUACAAAACACUCAAAGUUAAAUAUCCUCCAUAUAAUGUAAACGUGGUCCCUAAAUCCUCAGUGAAGGAGAAUGACUUUGUUGAACUGACCUGCUCCAGUAACAGCAAUCCUCCUGCAAACAGCUACCAGUGGUUCAGCUCAGAUGGAAAGAUGUUAGCAGAGAGCCCAACUUACAAACUGAAGAGAGUGUCCGAGGCCAUUUCCUGUACAGCCAUUAACACAGAGGGAAAAAACAAUUCUGGUCCACAGAAAUUUAAUAUAUUGUAUCCUCCUGAGAUUAAAAGUGAAUCUUCUUGCCAGUCUAAGAUUUUGACGGUUUGUGUCUGUAUUGUGGACUCCAACCCUCCCAGUGAAGUCAAGUGGUUUGGUCCAGAUUCCUCGAAAGCCUUCUCCAGCACCAGCAGUAAACAAAAUGAGUUCACCUUACAGGGCUGGCUGGGUUUCCCUGAGACUGUCCAGUGCUUUGCCAAUAACAGUCUGGGAAGUUCUAACAUAACAUUGGAAGCUCCUCAAAAUCGUAUAAUAAUAUACAUUGCUGUUGGAUCAGCUGUUGUAGUUGUUUUAGUCUGCAUUUUAGUGUAUGUUGUGAGAAGACGCUGUGGGAAGAGAGCUGCACAACAACCUGUAAUGAAGAAUGAACAGACUCAAAAGACAACCCAAAACAAGUCUGAUUUAGAAAACAGUAAAGAAGUGAAAGGCAGUGAUGAGGAUAUUUACACAAAUUGCUCGAAAGGUCGUGUUUAUGACAACUGGGGGUGUGAUGCAACACCAUUCUCAUCUGACCGUGCCUUGAAAGAUGAAGCAGUCUACGCUAACAUGUGAAGAUAAGAGCAAAUCCCAUCCUACUAGAAAUCACACAUACAGAGAAAGACCAAAGAGGCAAACACAUUUGUGUUGACUUUUGUAGAUCUGAUAUGCACAGAAAAUGUUCAGAGCCAAAGAGGUCUUGCAACUGAGAAAAACAUACCGUGUGUGAAUCUUAUACAAUCAAAAGGUUUUAAUAUAUAAAGAAUGUAUCUAUAAAGACAAAAUAUAUUUAUAUUUACAUAUAGUCAUUUAGCAGUUACAUACAAAGUGAUUUACAAAUGAGGACAAUAGAAAGCAAUCAAGACCAACAAAAGAGCAAUAAUAUACAAUAUGUAGUGUUAUUGAGUUUAAAUGUCAUUCCAUGUAAUCAAAUAGAAAACUAUAUAAGUAUUACAGUAGUAAAAUGAAUUGUAAGCACAAUAAUAACUGCAUUAAUAUUACAUUAAAACAUAGCUUACCUAAAAAUGAAAAUUUGGGGAACUCUCUCAGCCCAUCCAUGAUGUAGAAGUGUUUGCGUUUUCAGAGCAGAUGUGGAGAAAUUAAGCAUUACUUCACUUGCUCACCAAUGGAUCCUCUGCAGUGAAUGGGUGCUGUGAGAAUGAGAGUCCAAUCAGCAGAUAAAAACAUCACAAUAAUUCACAAGUAAUCCACACAUCUCCUAAAAUGUAAGAAUGUAGUUUUUGGGUGGACUAUUCCUAUAAUCUAUAUUCAUGUUACGUGGUAUUGGUGGUAUUAUUCCCUUGGGUGUGGGGAAAAAAACAGUGUUAAACCAAUACCCCAAGGCAUGUAAUCUGCAAAAUGCUUUAGAUUGUUAAAGGGGUCAUUGAAUGCCCAUUUUCCACAAGUUGAUAUGAUUCUUUAGGGUCUUAAUGAAAAGUCUGUAACAUAGUUUGGUUAAAAUUUUGCAGUGGUAGUAUAAAAGAGCAGUGUUUAUUUUGACCGCAAUAUUUGUGUGAUUUUCUGUCUUUCUUUUGUUGCUUGAUUAACAUCAAUGACUCGGACAAUAGCUACUAAAUUAGGCUGCUAUCCCUUUAAAACCGAAUGCACAGCUGCAAUAGAUAUAAUGUACUGAUACACGUCCAAUAUUCUUCCUACUGUUUACAUUCACUUAAGACUUUAUGUGAAUACUCGUCAAAACAGACAAUUCUGCAUAAUUUUGUAUGUAUUUCUCCGUUCAUGUGAUGCGGAAAAAACUACUCGCGAGUCGCGUGCUGUGAGAAGCGCUUUCUGUGUGUAUGCUUCAGUGUCUGCGCUCAGAAAACCAUUCCGAAUUGAGUUCUCUCUUGCGUCGUCAAAUUUAUCCAUAUGUCUGCUCUUCUCUUACUCCCACAUAUCGAAAUUUUUUAACGUUUUAGGAGACGUGCAUGUGCAUGUUAGCUUAUGUCCCGCUGGUUCAUAUGUAUGCAUCUAACCUUCUUACCACGCAGCAGAUUCGUUCUGAAUGAAUCUCCUCCCAAAAUGUCCCUCCCUAACAUUUUCGUUUUGAUUUAUUCGUUGAUGAAAAUAUCAAUAGAUUUUCGUCAUAGUUUUUGUCAUUCAAAAAGAGUUUUCAUUCGUUAUCAUCUCAUUGACGAAAAAUUAUGACGAAAAUUAUUCGUCAACGAAAUUAACAGUGUCAGAGCAAACCGUUUUGUAGCAUUUUCCUUUAAAUGUUAAUGAGCUCUGCUGACCCCGUACCUCUCUUCCGAGCUGCUCUCUAAGGGACUGUUUACUUAAGCCGCAUUCAUCGUGAAACUUGCUUAUUAGCACAUUAUUAAGAAAGGCGAUUUGCAAAGAUUCGAUAAAAAACCUUAUACUCACUUUUUCUGUAGGUGAAGCUGGAUCAAGAAUGAUUUGCACAAACAUAGACGCAGUUAGGUAGAUCGGGGCGCAUUCCCUUCAAAAACAAGUCUGUGCUGAAACGCUACUGUCAAUCAAACCAUCGUGGGAGGGGUCUGUUUUUGUGAUGUCACACAGACAUGCAUCUGAGAUCGGCUCGAUUUGAGAAAGG